GAGUGAGCUAGUGAGCAAAGAUUGAGGGGGUGAGAGUGAGGGAGUCGGAGUCGGAGUCGCGCCGAGGGGUGGAGUACAGGCAAUUGUCGAGGCUCGCAAACCGCCGGCAACAACAACAACAACUCGACUAAUGUCCGAGGCGACAGUUGAAAUUCUUGAAAUUGCAUACUGAUCUCGCGUGGAUAGUUGCAUUUGAAUGUGAAAUUUAUAUAGGAUGGAUUAGGAGUUGGAAGAGCUCUGGUUUAUAUCAAGUUUCCAGGGUCGGAACCUCUGAAAGAGAGUUUGAGGAGAGAUGAGCUUGCAUCGCAAUCAGACGGUGGACUCGGACCGUGAUCUGCAGUCCUCCGCAUCUUCAGUGAGUUUGCCUUCAGUUAAAAAGGCACCAAAGAAGCGUCGCCUUUCACUUGGGUCUCUAUUUCGAAGGAAAAAGGAGUCAAAACGAAAGUCCAGAGACUUAAAUGGGGGAGUCGAUGGAAUUGCAAGUAUUGAAAGCAUUCAUUCAGAACUUUGUAAUGACAAGAACUCGAUAUUGUCAACCUGUGGCUCUUCUGAAAGUGCGACAGCAUCCACCGACAAACAAAGUGGCGACUUUCUUGAAUGCCCUCUGUGCCUUUCGCAUCAAACUAAGGACAAAUUCCCAGACAUCAUGACUUGCCAGCACAGGUCGUGUGGCGAUUGCUUGCGGCAGUACUUGAGAAUUGAGAUCUCAGAAAGUAGGGUGAAUAUCAGCUGCCCAGAGUGUACUGAAAGAUUCAAUCCCCAUGAUAUCCAGCUGAUUUUAAAUGAUGAUUUGCUGAUGGAAAAAUAUGAGGAAUUUAUGCUGCGCCGUUGGUUGGUGGCAGAUCCAGACUGCAGAUGGUGCCCUGCUCCAGAUUGUGGUUAUGCAGUGAUAGCAUUUGGUUGUGCCAGCUGUCCAAAACUCACCUGCGCAAGGGACGGAUGUGGCACCGAGUUCUGUUACCACUGUAAGCAAAUAUGGCAUCCAAAUCAGACUUGCGAUGCAGCACGGCAACAGAGAGCACAUAGUUUACGGUUAAGAACAAUACGUUCUUCGUCAAUCAGCUACAGUCAAGAAUCGGGUGCAGCAGGUACAGAAAAUUGGACACUUCGGCGAUAUGUUCAGGACGAGAUUACAGGAAGAAAGGGGUUACCCGAAAUAAACAGCCUCCUGGUCAAUCAGUUUUUACCGUCUCGCUCAACAGCAGAUGAUAUUAAACCUUGUCCACGAUGUGCAGCAUAUAUAAUAAAAAUGAAUGAUGGAAGCUGUAAUCAUAUGACUUGUGCUGUAUGUGGUUGCGAGUUCUGUUGGCUUUGUAUGAAAGAAAUCUCCGACCUACACUAUUUAAGUCCUUCUGGCUGCACAUUUUGGGGAAAGAAACCUUGGAGUCGUAAAAAGAAGAUCCUGUGGCAGCUUGGCACGUUAGUAGGAGCUCCAGUAGGAAUAGCACUCAUUGCAGGGAUUGCCAUUCCAGCCAUGAUAAUUGGGAUUCCUGUAUAUGUGGGCCGCAAGAUACAUAAUCGCUAUGAAGGAAAAGACAUUUCAAAGCACAAGCGGAACUUGGCAAUCACUGGAGGAGUAACAUUGUCGGUCAUUGUUUCACCUGUUGUUGCUGCAGUAACUGUAGGCAUUGGAGUGCCCAUUAUGUUAGCGUAUGUAUACGGAGUGGUUCCUAUCUCCCUCUGCCGCAGUGGCGGCUGUGGUGUUUCUGCCGGCACAGGAAAGGGUGUGCGAAUAGAAUUUGAUGAUGAAAAUGAUAAUGUUGGCAGAGGAAAUACAGCAUUGGAUACCACUUUUGUAGUUGAAGCUCGCAAUAACCCCAGCAUUGGAGAGGGAAGUGUCGGAGGCUUAACAGGCAGUUUGAGUGCCAGUGGCAGUCACAUGGACAGAAUAGGUGUCAUACGAGACAACUUGAGUGAAACAGCCAGCACAAUGGCACUAGCUGGAGCCAGUAUCACCGGCAGUCUCUCUGGGAGUGCAAUGGUCAACUGUUUCAAUAGAUUAGAAGUGCAAGCAGAUAUCCAGAAGGAACAAUAUAGUCUCAGUGGCGAGUCUGGCACAGUCAGCAUUGGAACCAUCAGUGAUAAUGCCAGCACGAGGGCCAUGGCAGGAUCCAUUAUCAAUUCCUACUACCCACAGGACAGAGAUGGAAACAGUCUGGAGGUGCAAGUUGACAUUGAAUCCAAGCCCGCAAAGUUUCGGCACAAUAGUGGAAGCAGUAGUGUGGAUGACGGCAGUCGUAACGUAGCCACUUUAACCUCGGCCCCUCUUCCAGAUAACCGAAGCAAUGCUUCCAAAUGGUCCAAAGAAACAACGACUAAAAAAUGCAAAGGCAAAUUGCAGAAAAAAGGCAGUAUGAAGAUAAAUGAAACUCGGGAAGAAAUGGAUGCACAGUUACUAGAACAGAGAAGCACUAAUUCAAGUGAAUUUGAUUCUCCGUCACUUAGUGACAGUAUUCCAUCGGUAGCAGACUCUCACUCCAGCCAUUUCUCAGAAUUUAGUGGAUCGGAUAUGGAGAGCAUGAAAACGUCUUGCAGCCAUGGUUCCAGUGACUAUCACAGUCGGUUUUCAGCAGUCAGUCCCCUACCCGAGGUGGAGAACGAUCGCCUGGAGACAUGUCCAUCACAAUGUAGCCAUCUUGCAUCUGUUGCAACUGGACCGAGUUGUGCAGAAGUUUUGCAGCUGAGCUUCAUCGCGGAGGAGAAUGGUGCUGCAACUUCAGUGCCAAAUAAUGCCAAUGAGGAAACAGAAAAUGCAACUAAUAAUAAUCAGCAGCAACAGAACAAUGCAAUUCAUACGGAAAUUUAACCUUUCAGUGCUGCUGCAGUUUGUAUCAUCAAUGUCAUUAAUCAGUUCUGCUAACAGUUGUUAUAUACCGAUGAAAACUAAUAACAUGAGGGCUGAAACUGGUGAUUACCCAGCAAGAUCAUGGAAUUUGAAGGUCAAAGUAUAGGUGUCGGGGUUAAACGUUAGAUCUGCUUAACAGUUGUCCAGUUCAAUUUUUAAAGGCUGGGAGAACAAGCAGCAGAAUGUUUUGAAAUGCAUUUAUUGGGCAAUAAAUGAUGGUCUAUUUUUCUGCCAUGUGCUAAGAAUAUGUAACUGAACUUGGAGAAAUCCCAAAAUGCAAGCAGAAAUCAGCUGACAGAUAUAUGAAAAAAAAACUGCAUUCUUGUCUGUGGUUAUUCUCUAAUUGAAGAUCGACCCAUUCUCCUUCACUGUUUCCUGGUGCCUUUGGAAAAGACUGUUUAAAACCUGCUUUAUUUGAGGAUAUAUUUAUACUUCUCAAAAAAUACAUGGUGACUACAUUAUACCACGCAAGAAUACUAACAAAAUGGAUGAAAAUUGUGUAUAAUGAAUGAAUUAUCUUAAGAUAUAACCGUAUAUUAGCCUACCAAAGACAGUACUCAGGCUUUAGAAAAUUUUGCGUAACCAUUUGUUUUGACAAAGUAUUCAUAGCAGAUGAUUGCUGCUAGUGCAGUUUGUCACAGAUUGAAAGCACAGUGCAGAAUUUGCACAUUGCUUCGAAGCAUUAAAGAGCGGUAAAGACUAUGGCCUUUUAUACCCCCUUAUGGACCGAGACAGACACUAAUAAAACUCACAAAGGCUAUCCUCGGCCUAAAAGGUGCACUGUUGAACUUCACUUAAAUGCAAAAUUGAGUUAUUCCAAUAUGUUUUGCGCAUUACGCAGUGUGUAUUUGGUUUAUGUUGCCAUGUUGAUAAUGCUUGAAAUUUUAUCCUUAUGAACGGAAGAAUAAAAAAAAUUAACAAGUUGC